GAAGCUGUGGAAUGCUGGGACAGAUUUCUGCAAGACUUGGGGAAAUUCCUGAGCAGUGCUCAUUCAUUGCUUAGCUUUCAUUUUUACGUUUGGCUUUAACGAUAACAGGCAAUGUGGAAAUCAAAGUAUCUUUGUCACGUUUGUCAGUUUAGUUUUUGGUUAAUGAAUCGCUCCAUCAAUGAGAUAACAUUGUUGUAUUUGACUGGUGGAUGUGCACUAGCCAAACAUAUGCAAUGCAGAUGUUAAGUUUGCCUGCCAAGUGCAUAACAUUGGAGAAAUGCUGCUUUAUUUGCAUGGAUGACAUGCACAUCCCUAAACAGACAGUGUUUAAUGCUUGAAAGGUUGGUGCCAAGGUUGAUGUUGGUGCCAAGCUUUCAGCCUAAGCUAACAAUCAAUUUAGUUUGCUUCAUCAUGGGUUUGAUAAUCUGUAAUGCUCUGCUUCAUAACAAGGCCGUCUUUAUGUUGUUGUGAGUGGCUUCGCUAUCAACUUAUUUCAUCCAUCCAUCCAUCCAUCCAUUUUCUGAGCCGCUUCUCCUCACUAGGGUUGCGGGCGUGCUGGAGCCUAUCCCAGCUGUCAUCGGGCAGGAGGCAGGGUACACCCUGAAAUGGUUGCCAGCCAAUCGCAGGGCCAACUUAUUUCAAUGGCCCCUAAUUAGUAAGACCAUUCCACGGGUGAUUGCUUGUGUAUGAGAAUGUAUUUUGGGGGCUAUGUGUGCGGUUGUGAGCGUGCACACCUUCUGCCUGUCUGCAUAAUUGUUUUCUUGGUGCCGCCUGACUGUCCCGGGGCCCCCAGGGGAAGUCCUGCCCGCAGACAGGCAGCUCGGCCUGGGUGGGGACAAGCCGGGUCCUGCCGAGCUUCUGAAGUCUGCUGGCUGACUUUGAACUGCAGCUGCUGAAGGAAGUGAGAGCAAACAUGCCACAGAGGAGAGGAACAACAAAAUCCAUCUUCCUGUCUUCAAUUUUAGUGUGUUGUAUGCUUGCAAGUGCAGAGUAUUCCAGCUGUGGAGAGUAUGAGUUCUUAAACCAGACCAGUAACAGCUGUCAGGCAUGCCCACAGUGCCAGCCAGGACAGGAACCACACAUGACCUGUGGCUAUGGUGUGAAGGAUGAGGACUUCUCCUGCGUACCAUGUCCACAUGGGAAGUACUCCAAAGGCAAAUACGAGAUCUGCAGACGACACAAAGACUGUGACGCUCUCUACAAAGCCACAGUGCGUGCCGUGGGAACGCCAGACAGUGAUGCAGAGUGCGGACCUUGUUUACCAGGGUACUACAUGCUGGAGAACAGACCGAGAAACCUCUAUGGGAUGGUUUGUCACUCCUGCCAGAAUGCACCACCCAACACCAAAGAAUGCAUGCAGACUAAUGGGCCAGUACAAAAACCUCAAGUCGAUCCAGGCAGCACAACCGUGUUCCCCCAUCUCCAAAAAGAUCCAACAGGACAAAGUCACUUAGCAUCGGCUCUCAUUAUCGCCAUGUCAACCAUCUUUGUCAUGGCUAUUGCAAUUGUUCUCAUCAUUAUGUUUUACAUCCUGAAGGCCAAGUCAAGUGGGCAGGCAUGUUGCAGUGGACAAGUGAAAUCAGUCGAAGCUCAGACCAGCAAACAAGAGGACAAAAAAGACAUCCCUGGUAAGGUGGUGAUCUACUCAGAAAAAGAUGAGUUUGACAAACUUCAGGCCUCACCUCAGAUGCCAGUUAAAAGUGAAAACGAUGCCUCGUCAGAAAAUGAGCAGUUGCUGAGCCGCAGCAUCGACAGCGACGAGGAGGCAACAUUGGAGAAGCAAGGCUCCGCAGAGACAAACAAUCUGACCCCCAAUUCGGGCCUCAUCAAUUUGGGGAACAAGCCAGACCUCUGCCUGCUCACUGUGGGAGUCCUGGACACCGAUCACGCAUGCAACGGGACCGCCAACCUUGCCGCUAGCCCCAAGAGCAACCUCCCCAGUCCUAGCCACAUGGGCAGUGUCAACCACAUCCCCAGCGCUAACCACAUCAGCAAUGUGACCGCAAUCAACAAUAGCAAUAAAAACCCAGGGAUGUUACAGAGUCGCAGGAAAAAGAUCCUGGAUCUGUAUGCUAAAGUGUGCAAUGUGACAGAGGGCCUGAGCCCCACAGAGCUUCCCUUCGACUGCCUGGAGAAAGCCAGCCGCAUGCUGAGCUCCUCCUACAGCAGCGAGGCCGCCGUGGUCAAGACAUGGAGGCACCUGGCUGAGAGCUUUGGCCUGAAGCGCGAUGAAAUCGGUGGCAUGAGCGACGGCUUGCAACUCUUUGAGAGGGUGAGCACUGCAGGAUACAGCAUCCCUGACCUGCUCACCCGCCUGGUGCAGAUCGAGAGGCUGGACGCUGUCGAGUCACUGUGCUCGGACGUUCUGGGAGGCAAUGACAUGGCGAGUGCGGGUGGCCGGCAGGGCAUCAGCAGUUUCCAUAGCCAACUGGUGUGCCCGUCACCAUGCCAGCCCCCCUCGCAACGCUGCGCUAGUGUCUAAAAACACGAGAAGCAGAAACUCUUAAAGUUGAAAUCUGCCUUAAUGGAAGAUGCAUACAGUGACUAGACUGUACCCUCCCUCAUCACAUGAAGAACGUUGGUGGACCUCAGUGGAUAAGUCAAGAAGAUGCACAUUAAACAUUGUAAUUAAUAUUGGCUACAGAAUUUGAGAAAAAGAGUUUGUUUUUUAUUGCUAGUAGGCUUCUGUACAGAUGGUUUCACAUCUGUUAGAAUUUGAACUUUAUGGAAAAAAGUAGCAACAAAAUCAUUGAAUUAAUCAGGACAAAGCUGUAGUUUCUCGUAAUUUACAAAUAUUUUACAUUUUCUACAGAUGCAUGCUUCCAAAUGUGUAGAUAAACUUUGUAGAAGGCCCUUUUCUAUGUGGAAAACCUUAAAAGUUAAGAGUCUUGAUCCCAACUCCAUCAAACACCUUUGAGGUGAACUAGAAUAGAUAUUCCUCCUAUUAAUUUUGUUGUCAACGUUUCAAUCAAUUAGUAGUAGUAGUAGUAGUAGUAGGAGAGUACGCUAUAUAGCUUUCCUGGAUGUGGAAAACAUGUACAAUGCACACUCAAAUGUAGCGUUUUGUACAGGAAGGGUUCACCAACUCAUAUGUACACGUUUGUACAUUUGCACAUGUAGUCAUAGAUUUACAGACAUUUCACACAUGUGCCUUUAUAGCUCCACACACACGGAGCAAACAUCAGUCUUACACCAACGACUUCCUCUUCAGCAACCUUGUAUGUGACCCCAACCCAACCUCCAUACCCCUCAUAACUUUUCCUUCCCUUUUUACCUCAAUGCUGCCGCCAGAUUUAACUACGGGUGUGUAACUCCCCAGGGCCCCUAAUAGUUUAAAGUGUUGUGGUUUAUAUAGUGGGUGCAAAGUGCCUGUGAUUUCCACCACCCAAUUAAGCAUUUAGGGCCAUUUAACCAAUGAAAGUCCAGUGGAAAAGUUGUAAAAAUAUGGAGCCACAGCAGGGGCAUGACUAACUGGUCAAUCCAGCUGACAUGGACAAAUGGAGGUGGAAUUUAAUACUACAACAGCAAGAACACAACUCAAAAGACAAUGCUUGAUUUUAUUCCUUUAUCAUCAGCAUCAGAAUCAUGUCGGUGAAUCAGAAGCACAAGUUUAAGACUCACUCCACUUUGUAACUUUUUUUAAAAAUAUUUUACAUUGUAAUAUCUGAGGCUGGACUCUGUCAUUCUAGCAUGAAUUCUUAUAUUUUUUACAGCAAUAAAUAAAAACCUCAAACUAUUAAAUAUAGUGCCUUGUUCAAGCUAUGCCAUCUUUGUGAAAUCCACUUUGCUGUUUGCUGAAAUGUUCGUAAAUGAUCUAAUUGUUGGACUGAACUUAAGUGGUCCCCACAACUGUUUUUAGACGGGCAACAUCUUACUUGUUAUAGAGUAUGUCAGUCCUGAAGAGACACAGAACAUUAAUGGGAUACCUCAGUGGCACCAGCCAUGUAGCAGUGUCAUAGAACUUAUGGAAAGAGACUCAAUUUCAUCACAGAACCUGUCUGAUUGUAUAUAUAACUUAUUAUUGUACAUAAUAUA